AUGACACCACCUAAACUAAGUCCACCUAAACCAAGACCACCUAAACCAAGAGAACCUAAACCAAGACCACCUAAACCAAGAGCACCUAAACCAAGAGCACCUAAACCAAGAGCACCUCAACCAAGUCCACCUCAACCAAAACCACCUCAACCAAGACCACCU